GUCAGUGUGUCGGAGACCUGCAGUUUGGAAGGGUUAUUGAGCAACAUACACACAAACCUGCCCACUCAGCACACAUGCACACACACUCACACUCAACCGCGGCAUGGGAGGCCGCCGGACUCACUGGAAAAUGACUCUAAUGAAGGGAAGAACAAUCAGCCUACAGCAUGGACUCUGAAUCUCUGGACAACUGUAUUCAGAGCACGCUCUCUGCUCUCUACCCUCCAUUUGAAGCCACUGCGGCCACCGUGCUAUGCCAGGUGUUAGACGUGGUUGAGACGAAAUACCGUGGAGACGGACUACGCUACAUCAUUGACUUCCUGGUGCCCGCUAAACACAUCCUGCAGAGCAUACAACAGGAUGCAUGCUUCCCAUACUGUGGUUUCCUGUUUCGUCAUGAGGGAUGGCCUCUCUGUGUCCAUGAGAAGGUCAUAAUUCAGCUCUCCUCUUUGGACUGGCGUGUGUUACGGCCCAGCGACUUUUACUUACAGGUGACGCCUUCACCCAAAAGCCCCCCGCGUAUCACAGUAAAGUGUCUGGCAGUUAGCGGGCAUCAUGUGGAGGAACUGGACGUGCCAGAGCUAGCAUAUACCUCUCUAUUCACCAUGGACUGGCUGGACUCCAUCAACCGGGAGAGGAGUGUGGUCAGAAGAGCCGCCCUGGAACACUGUCUUUUAUCAGCAGAUAAUGAUAUUUAUAGGGUACCCUGGGAGGAUAUUGUUCACCCGGAGUUUAUCAGCAGACCCCCCAAAGUUAAAGAACAAGCUGAAAGUAUAGGGAUGUGCAAGGAAGUUGCCAACAGAGAGGAAAGGGAUUCAGACAUAGAUCAAGAAGACAACCCUGAGGACAUACGAUGUAGGAUUUUUAUUGACACUUCCACUGAGCAAUCCGGGGAGAUGGACUGUCAGAGCAAUGGGGUUAAGCUCCUCCCUGCUCUCAGUGAGAUCGGUAAAGAGAGCAGUGGACGGAGCUCUAGCAGCACGGCAGAGGAUUCAGAGGGAGAGUAUGUGGAGCUUGCUGAAAUCUCCUUACCACGCUUUUCCCCACAGAAGGGCUCUCUCACUCAAGCCAUUAGCAUGAACUACAGAAAUCUACAUAAACCACAGACUGCGGUUUCUACUCCGCAUAAAACUAAACCAGAGCAGAGUCUUUUGAAGAAUGGUGCAUGCUCCCAGAGCAUGGUAUGUGCCAUGCUGAUUGAAGAAAACCUGAGUGAUACCUACCAACCUGUGAUCUUAAUCCCAGAGCGUCCACUUCAGCAGGUGGACGGGUCUGAGCACACCUGUGCUGCAGCAUCCAGUCAGGAAGUAGCCCGAAUUGUUUCCCAUCUGUCUGCUAAAACCCAAAGUGAAGACCCCUCAGCAGUUCCUCCACCACUGCCGCCCAUCUCCCAGAAGACCCAGCCUGUCCAGAGUGAGGCUCAUGACAUCAAUCGUGAUGUCCUGAGCUCAGGAGUGCUCUGUCUGCCUGGAACACGAGAUAAAUCAGGCCACGCGCUUGUGACAGUGACAACGAGAAACACAAUCUGGUUGAAUCCAAACUGCAAUAGUGGAGAGCUGGUGCGGAUCAUGGUCUACUUCUUCGGUACACUCAGGAAGGAAGUUAGUGCUUUGGGACUGACUGUCCUGGUGGAUGCUCGCAGGUGUUCUCCUGUCCCCGCUCUCUUUAAAGCCUUCAACAUCCUCCAGGCAGCCAUGCCGGGAUGCAUCCAUACAGUACUGCUGCUGGCCGACAGAGAUCUGACUGUACGUGUGGAGAAAACCACUUCUGUUCCGGUGGAGUUGUUGACAUCGCUUAAAUCUCUCUGUAAGCACGUGGACAUCUCUCAGCUCCCCACUGAGUUUGAAGGCACUUUCCCUUACUCUCACAGCAGCUGGAUCGGUUUCAGAAUGAGGUUGGAACAGCUGACCAGUCAUUGUGAGGAUGCUGUGAACCUGCUUCAGAACACCAUCAGCAAACUGGAGUCCACAGUGCUGCCCCCUACAGCAGAGGAGGCACAGAUCUUAUUGUGUAAGUACCGAGAGUUGAUGAGGUCUGUUCUGGAGGACAGCAGGUUGGUGCGGCUACAGCUGGAGGGAGGAGCCGCUCUGUCCUGUUUGCGAAAAGAAGAAACCAGUGUCAUACUGACAGAGGACUACAGAGAUGCUAUUGAGAAUGCAGGCCGUCUGUAUAACCAAGUGGACGAGUCGGUUCACAGACUGGUGAUGCUGUCCAACAAAUGCACACAGGAACUGGAAUUCAUAAUGGAGUUUAAGACUCUGGAGGAGGGAUUCAGAGAGGUGAGUCAGUGGAUAGAAGAAGUGGGCGAGUCUCGUCUGCAGACUCUGAGUGAGCUGGAAGAUUCCUUGGAGAAGUUACAUCAUAAACAGACUGUCUUCAGAGAAUUUUACACAGCUGCAUAUGAGCACUGUAAGAGCGGUGAAGCUCUCCUCAAGCGCUUAGAGAAGUGGGAAGACAUCUCUUCUGCAGAGCUGCAGGUGUACGAGGUGAAAGUUCGCUCAUUCUGGGUCCAUCUACAUGAUUUCUCCCAGCGAGUGGAGGAUACCAAGGAUAAAAUUGACAAGACUGUUCGACUCUACGAGUUCUUUGACAAGGCAUAUGAAUGGGCGCUAGAGGGCAUGCGUCAUUUGGGGUCUGUUAGUAUGGAGGAGUGUGGCAUGUCUGAGAAGUGUCAGAGUGUGAUCGGGUGUUUGGAGACCUAUCGCAGUCAGCACCCCCCGAUCCCAGACGCACACUUCCAGGAGAUGAAGGACCUCGCUGGGGAGCUGAAGAGCGAACAGGGACUCAGGCAGUGGAAGUUUGCUUGGUCCAAGUGUCAGGAGACAAAGCAGAUGUUUGAGAAGAAGCUGGAGAUGGCCCUGCGCACCCGUCGUGAGAGUGACUCCAAAUCAGCAAGGGGUGACUCCUCUCGCCGCAACUCGGACUGUAGCCCUAAACCUCAGGAGCGUAGCAGUAGCAUCUCCUUCUCAUGUCGGAAAGCGUUCGGCAGAGGCUGGGGGCGGGACAGACUUUCCUCACAGUCAAGCACAUCCUCAACUCCUAGCAGUCCUUCAGGCAUUCGCAUGGACAACCGUGACUCUGUUCGAACUCCAACAGGAAGUCCAUAUAGCACUGAGCACAGAAUCCCCCACAGCACCCCUGUCAGGUCCCACAGGCUAACACGUAGCAUCUCCACAGACGAGUCUCCGCAGCAGCCACAUCUGGAGGUGCAGGUGUGUGCUACAAGCCCAAGCCUCACCUCCAUCGAACCAAACCGCAGGGUUUUGCGGAAGACCCAGAGCUUUGAUACGGCCAGUAGCGAGUCUGUGUCACGGUAUGGGUCCUGUCAGAGAACUCUGAGUGAGCCUGCACGGAGAGGAAACACAGGGGUGUUCAUCAAGGGUCUGGAGGUGAGCAGCACUGAAGUGAUCGAUCGGCCAUACAGCCCACGACUGCCGCCCAUGCAUGGAUGGUCUUCUGUUGACACGCACUACAGCGGGAGUCCUGCACCAGAAACACGUAACAAGGGCAGUAAACUAUGCCACAUCGUAGAUGAAAUGAUAACGACGGAGCGGGAAUAUGUGCGUUCUCUGCGGUACAUCAUUGACAACUAUUUCCCUGAGAUGGAGCGUGCUGACCUGCCACAGGACCUGCGGGGAAAGCGCAGCGUCAUCUUCGGAAACCUGGAGAAACUGGUGGACUUCCACAGCCAGUAUUUCCUGAAAGAGCUUGAGAGCUGCUGCAAUCAUCCUCUACGCGUCAGCCACUGCUUCCUACGACAUCAAGACGAGUUCAGCUUGUAUGCUUUGUACAGCAAGAACAAGCCAAAGUCCGACACACUUCUGGCCAGCCAUGGGAACAGCUUCUUCAGGCAUAAGCAGCUGGAUUUGGGGGAUAAGAUGGACCUGGCGUCCUACCUGCUGAAGCCCAUCCAGCGCAUGAGUAAGUACGCCCUGCUGCUGAAAGACCUGAUCAAAGAAGUGAGUGAAGUCCAAGAGCAGGAGCUAACGCACCUACGUGCCGCCGCCGAGAUGGUCAAAUUCCAGCUUCGCCACGGAAAUGAUCUGCUCGCCAUGGAUGCGAUCAGAGAUUGUGAUGUGAACUUGAAAGAGCAGGGGCAGUUGGUUCGGCAAGAUGAGUUCACUAUUUGGUAUGGCAGGAAGAAGUGCCAAAGACAUGUGUUCCUGUUUGAGGAUCUAGUGCUGUUCAGCAAACCCAAACGCAUUGAGGGAGGCCUCGAUGUUUACAUUUACAAGCACUCUUUUAAGACGGCUGAUGUGGGUAUGACAGAGACGUCGGGUGAGAACGCUCUGAGGUUUGAGGUCUGGUUCAGGAGGAGAUCUUCAAGGAACCAGACCUAUAUUCUCCAAGCCAGCUCCGCCGAGAUCAAACACGCCUGGACCUGCGACAUUGCACGGAUGCUGUGGCAGCAGGCCACACGGAAUAAAGAAAUCCGAAUGCAGGAGAUGGUCUCUAUGGGGGUGGGCAAUAAACCCUUCCUGGACAUUAAACCCAGCGAUGCUGCUAUCAACAACAGAGCCAUUGACUACAUUAUGAAAGGCAGAGGGGCCAGGACAAGAGCCUCCAUUGCUGUCUCGCUUUUUGACCACUCAAACCCAUUCAAACGAGCUGCAGUAAAUGCUCCCGUUAGCGGCCCCCCAGUGUCCGGUGGCCCCUCCUCUUCCACGCUGCUGGGGCCCUUGAAUCUGCACAUGUACAGCAGCCAAAACCUGUUAUCAGGGGAGAGACCUCUCAUCAGCCCCUGCAUCGAGGAAGACGAGCUGGAACAUGAGACCAGCAGUCAGCCGUCUAUGACUACAGAGAGUUCUGGUUCGUCGUCUCACUGUCUGUCAGGUAGUGGCUCGAGUGGGUCAGACAGCGGAUGUGUGUCCAGUCACCUUCCCGAGGCUUUGUCCGAGGAGCCCAGCUCACCGUGUGACUCCUCCUGUUACUCCUCCAUCACCUCUCCCACCCCGGACAAACCCUGCUUUAACAGCCAGUACAUCUCAGCGGGGGAAGCUCAGGUGAUCGGUCCCUCUACUAUAGUGUGAACUGCUACAGUUUAAGUCCUGUCUGCGUCAGAUCGAGAAGACCACAUUGCCACACCGAAGAGGAGUUCAGAGCUAGUAUUUAUUGUUCCCAUUGAGUGCCAGCAAAUCUCAUGCCGUUUAAAAAGCGCUCAAAAUAGCACUGUUUCUUCAGUUCUUUUUUUAAAUCACUUUUAGCAUCAGUAGCUUUUAUAUAAAUUUAAAAAUGAGCUAUAAAACUGAAUAAACAUUCUUGUAUUUAUCUUCUUUUCAAAUGUUAAGAUACAGUAGUGUUCUCCGCCGUAUUGAUAACUGUAAAUACUGUAGUAGUGUACAAUGCACUUCUGAACUGUUGCGGUUAUUCACUUCCCACUCUUUUUUGUUGUUGUUGUUGCCCACUUUGCUGCAGACUUCAGCUGGUUUGAUUUAGAAAGAAAUGCAUUAAUGUUAAAAGGCAUGUCUAGAUUUCUAAGCAUCAGUACACUAAAGACAUUAAGCUGUGUUUAAAGCAUUUGUUGUAGAGUUUCUGUUCUCUCUGGUGUUUGAUAGCUUGUGGACCUGUAGUCAGUCGGUUCAGUAUGCUGUUUGAUAGCUGUACUGAUCCAGAAUCAGAGAGCAUCACUUCAAAUCAUUCGACUGGCCUCAGGUCAGCUCUACCCAGUACUGCUGCUAAUGGGAGCUGGAUAUCAUUGCUGCCUGUUUGGAGAUGGUGAGAGUUUUCAUUUCAGUUCUCUUAAUUACAUUAUAUUAGGUAUAACAAAAUACAACAUGUAAAUUGUAAAUAGUUGCACCAGUGGUGCUUUGAGGACAUAGCCUUUGGGAAGUAAUGUUUAUACAUGUAUUAACCCAUCAACAUGAGAAUCACUCAAGUUCUUUGUUGCCAACCCAAAUUGGAAGUGUACCAACAAAAGAUAGUAAAAAUAAUAAUAAUAAAAACCAUUGCAAGAUCCA